AUGGCACCAGACUUGUCCAACAUCCUGGCAGGGAGGCUCACCCUUGUACAACUUGUCGUGGCUGACCUGGUUGCCUCUCACAUCUGCAAACAAUCAUCUACUCCAGUGCAGGUUAACAUAUCAGCUCAGUCAUCCACUCCUUUCUCGUUCAUUGAUGCACCUCCUUUGCCAGCCACACCCAGCCUCGCCACCUGUUCUGCCUAUGCCUGUGUACUCGCUGAGCUCGAACCCAAGCCCAGCUACACUGAGGACACUUUUGAGGUGAUUGGAUGUGAGGUGGCGAGCGCUAAUGCCUGGCCCUGGCAGGUCUCGCUCCAGUACAAGUCUGGUGGCACAUUCUACCACACAUGUGGAGGAACUCUGGUUAGGAAAGGCUGGGUUAUGACUGCUGCUCACUGUGUCCACAGUUCCAGGACUUGGCAAGUCGUUCUUGGUGACCAUGACCUCUACAGUCACAGUGGCAGAGAGCAGUUCAAGAAAGUCAGCAGGGUGAUCAUCCACCCCAGAUGGAAUCCCAUCGACGUGUAUAAUGGGUAUGAUAUUGCGUUGCUACAGUUGGACUCUGAAGCCACGCUGAACUCCUACGUCCAGCUGGCUACCCUGCCUCCUUCUGGACAGAUUUUGCCCAACAACUAUCCCUGCUACCAAACCGGAUGGAGUCGCCUUUCACCUGGUGGUAGCCUCAACUCCAAGCUGAUGCAGGCCUUUCUUCUUCUGGUGGACCAUCAGACCUGCACCCGCCCAGAUUGGUGGGGCAGCAACGUCAAGGCCACCAUGGUGUGUGCUGGAGGUCCUGUGGAUUGUAAAUGUGCUAAUGACUCUGGUGCACCCCUGACCUGCCAAGUUAAUGGACAAUACUAUGCCUAUGGCAUUAGCUGUUUGAUGCCUUUUUCGUCAUGCAACAUUCUCACGAAACCAAGACUCUUCACCCGGGUCUCUGCUUACAUUCAAUGGAUGGACUCGAUCAUGAACUGA